AUCCUGGACUAGCGAUGCUAUCAGGAUGGAGUACCAAAGGAAAGUUGGCAUGUCCAACGUGUCAGGAAGAUACACGGCAUCAGAGGUUGAAGCAUGGAAGAAAAACCUGCUACAUGGGACACCGACGCUUCUUUCCAAUGGGUCACAGGUUUCGCUCUCUAACGAAGGAAUUCAAUGGUAAUGUGGAAUACGGUUCACCACCAAACCCAUUGUUAGGGCCAGAUAUCUUGCAGAAGCUAAAACACAUUCCACAUGUAUUUGGAAAACAGUUUGAGGAUAGUCUGAUGGGUGAUCGUCCACGCAAGAGAAAAGAACGAGCAUCAAAUACAGCUACGAGUAACAUGCCGGGCAAUUGGAAGAAAUUGAGUAUUUUUUAUGAACUGCCGUACUGGGCAGAUAAUGUACUCAAACACAAUUUAGAUGUCAUGCACACUGAGAAGAACGUGUGCGAUAGCGUUAUUGGUACUCUGCUGGAUAUGGAUAAGAAAGCCAAGGAUGGUCUAAAGGCAAGGUUAGAUCUUCAGCUCCUAAAUCUCAGACCUGAGCUUCACCCAAUUAUGACUCCAAAUGGGAAGAAAUUCUUCUUACCAAAUGCAUGUUACUUUAUGGAUAAUGCUAAAAAGGAGAUGUUCCUUAGUGUCUUGAAGAACUUGAAGAUCCCAGAUGGUUACUCUUCACUCAUUGCAAGAUGUGUGAAUAUGAAACAACGUAAGAUUUUUGGAUUAAAGAGUCAUGAUUCACAUGUGAUAAUGCAGCAGCUAUUGCCUUUGGCAAUUCGAAAGACGUUGCCAGAUAGAGUUAGUUCUGUGUUAAUUGAGUUAAGUUCAUUCUUCCAAGAACUAUGCUCCAAUAAUUCACGGCCUAAAGACUUCAAAGAAUUGGAAAAGCGCAUCGCACUCAUUCUCUGUAACUUGGAGCAGAUAUUUCCUCUUGCCUUCUUUGACAUUAUGGUACACUUGCUUAUCCAUUUUCCAACAGAGGCGGGUAUUGGUGGACCUGUUCAGUAUCGAUGGAUGUACCCGAUUGAAAGGUAUUUGUACACUCUCAAGAAAUAUGUCAGGAAUAAAGCUCAUCCGGAGGGAUCCAUUGCUGAAGGAUAUUUGGCUGAUGAAUGUGUGACAUUUUUAUCGAGGUACCUCAAAGAUGUAGAGUCACGAAUAAACAGACCAGUUAGAUACGUGGAUGAUACACACAUUGGGAAGGCUGCGCGGAUUGUUCUAGGUGGAAAUCAAAAAAAGUUGUUGCACGACUAUAUCCUUUUCAAUGAUGCUAACGUGGAUACAUACGCAGAGCAACACAAGGCCACUCUGGCUAUGUUACACCCUAAAAUGAAUCAAUGUCAGCGCCAACGGAAACACAAAAAUGAGUUUGCUGAUUGGUUCAGGGACCAUAUCAUGUUACUUGGUCAAGCUAAAUUACCAUUUGCAGAAGGAUUGGACGUGCUAACUGAAGGUCCAUUCACAACUGCGAGACGAUUCACCGGUUAUACUACUCGUGGUUAUAGCUUCAGAACAGUCAGUAAGGAUUCUAGAGCAAAGACACAGAACAGUGGUAUUUUAGUAGAGUCAACAGCACCUUUCUAUAGAAAUGCAGCGGAUCAGAACCCGAACAAUGAUACUGAGCUCACAUAUUAUGGACAAGUUAAAGACAUAAUUGAGCUGACUUAUAGACAAGGCCGUAAAUUUGUAUUAUUCGAGUGUGACUGGUUUGAUGUUGUUAGUGGAUCAGGCAGAGGUAAGAAGGUAGAUAACUUAGGGUUCACUCUCGUAAAUUUCAGUCAUCGCAUACCAACACAGAAAGAAGAACCUUUCGUUUUGGCCUCUCAAGUGCGGCAAGUUUUUUAUUCUCAAGAUCCUAUAGAUUUGGAUUGGCACGUGGUGGUAAGGAAUAAACCCAGGGAUGUUUUUGACAUGGGUGAGGGUAAUGUUGAUGAACUACUUGACACUGAUCCAUUUGGAAGGGAUUCUGAGCAAGUCGGUAUUGAAGAUGAUGAUAUCAGCGUUGUUAGAGAUGAAGGGAGUGGGGUGUUUGUUGAUGCUCCAGCAAGGAAUGUUAAUAGUCAACAAGGUGUAGAAAACGGAAGUGUUAAUGAAAACAUUGAAGAAGAAGAAGAUGACGAAGAAGAAGAAUACGUCGGGGACAAGGAAGAAUCAGAAGAUGAAGAGUACGUAGAUGGGGUUACAGAUAAUGAUGAUGGUGGUGAUGGUGAUAGUGAUGAUGAUGGUGGUGAUGGUGAUAGUGAUGACGAUAGUGAAGAUGAUGGUGAUAGUGUUGACCUGAACAACUGAAUCGAUGAUGAUUAAGUUCAUCAUUUGUAACUUAAUUAGGAUUUUCUAUUUGCGAACUAGUUCUGUACAAGUUUUGAACCAAUUUGUGCUUAUAAUACUACAUUAUUAUUUGUCCUUA